AUGCCAAACUUUGAGCCCAAUGCCAUCAUUCGGGGUGCCCAGUUGACUCUGGUCGGCGCCAACCGCGCCCUCCAGAACCCGGCGCUGUUCACCUCAGACCACUAUCGCCAGGCGGCUCUCGCGGUGCUCGCGGGAAUCCUGAUCCGCCUUCUCAUUGCCAUUCCCACCCUAGGCGUUAGACUGAUAGUGGGGUUCAUCUCGCUGUUUGUGGAAACCGAGGGAUCUACGUGGGAUACAGAUGUCGUUGAGGGCCUGGAGUUCAUCGAGCACUCUGUGCUGCAGGUGCCUUUCUUCUUCAUGUCGCUGAUGCGCUACGUCACGCCAACCUUGGACGACAUGUUCAUGAACUCGCUCCAGUGGGUUGACCAGACGUACAUCCAGAAGCACAAGACCGACGACCCGCGCAAUCUCCGAGCAAUGUACUACCCCACCAUGCGCAUGUACCCCAAGCGCGGCGAUACCAGCGAGAAGAAGAAACCGAUGGAUGCCAUUGUAGCGUUCCUCAUGAGAUAUGGCAGGAGGGCCGGCAUCUCACUGGCGGUCUAUUUUGCCUCGGGCCUGCCGUACGUUGGCCAGUUCGUCCUGCCCGCUGCCAGUUUUUACACGUUCAAAAAGGGCGUCGGGCUUGAACCUGCCCUGGUUAUAUUCGGAACCUCGAUCUUCUUGCCGAGGCGAUACUUGGUUCACUUCCUGCAGUCGUAUUUCUCGUCGAGGAGCCUGAUGAGAGAGCUGCUCGAACCGUACUUCGCCCGCAUCAAGUACAACAAGGAGCAGAAGAAGGCGUGGUUCAAGGAGCGUGAGGGGGUGCUUUUCGGAUUCGGCGUUGGCUUCUUCGUCUUCCUCAAGAUCCCGCUCCUCGGCGUGCUGAUCUACGGCAUCGCAGAAGCGUCGACGGCGUAUCUGAUCACCAAGAUCACCGACCCGCCGCCAGCGCCCGCCGAGGCCGAGGCCACGGACUUCGUCGCGAGCCAGAUCAAGUGGAAGAACAAGUACGAGUUUCUGGCACUGCCAUUGGCCAAUCUCGACGCGCAAAACGUGCAGACGGAAGCUCCAAAGCAGGAGACCAUCAACCCGGAGACGCCCAGCAAGAGGUUUUCGUAA